UCACGACAUUGAGAGAAGAGCACCGAAGCCAACAAUCAACGAAUAGUUUCUAUGGUAACGUUGGCUAUAUACAACACACGUACUCGUAACUCGAUUGACAAGAAAUUUCCAACCAGCCAGUGCCUAAGAUUAUCUACUCGUACUAACGAUGAAAAAUACGAACGCGAAUUCACAAAAAAUGCGGCUUCAGUGAUAUCGAUCGAGAUUAUAUGUAGAAUAAGAUGAAGUGAAUAAUGCGCGCCAACUCGUUCUCCGGCGAUGUGGACCUCGCCUUGAACAACAAAGACAACACGUUGAUCGGUUUCAUAGGCGAGAAAUUCUCGCAAGCUCAGCCUGCUCAACAGCAAUGGACCGAAGAAUGGAGAAAGAGUUCAACGGACAGCGAUACCGCCACCGCGCUAUCCAGCGAUACCAUCAAGAUGAAAUCCGAGAGUUUUUCAUCAUCCACCGAUACGAUUACUCCGGUAUUGCUAAUAAAUCAGGAUAUUAUUCGCAGUCUAGAUUACACCAAAUCUAAAACCGAAAAGCUGUACGUAUUGAACGCGAUUCUGCACUCGCAACAGGAAUCGUUGUACUAUGCGGAUUUAUUCAGAAUUUUACGCGAGUAUUUGAACGAAUGCGAUACGGAUAUAUUUCAGUUGGCGUUGGAAAUACACGAAAAAUGCAUUCAUUCGUCGUACGAAUUAUCCAAAGACGCGUUUGUGAAUUUACUCGAGACUUGCUACCUGUACUACUGUUCGUUGGAGUACGAUGUCUACGUAGACAGGUAUCCGUAUCGAAAUGCUUUUAAAAUACUGAAACUAAUACUGAAUACGUUCGAUCGUAUAUUCUUACACGUACCUAGGUACGGUUUUCGUAGACUCGAAAAGAUCGUAGGUAAUUUUGCAGACUUGCUAUAUAUUAGUGUUCCAUCGUACGUCGAUGACUCCAGCAGCGCUAAAAUGCUAACACCGAUCAACAUGAUCGCGUGUCUAGAUCCUUGUUCUAAUUGGUGUAGAAUCUUAGUGCACGGAUCGUACACCAGAGAAAUGCUUUUCAAAUGCAUUCGAAGAAACGUUAACCUCGUCAAAUGCGUAUUCGUCGUUAUUUCAGACUGGAUGAACGAUCCUUACGUUCCCAUAAUAUCGAACAGAACAGACAUAAUAAACGAAUCGACCGUGAAGUAUAUCACAUUCGUUAACGCUGUUUUCAUGUGCGAAAUGUUAACCAAAUACAAAUACUUCUACGAAUUUUUCCCAGUAACGGCGAACAAUAACAAAGUUAUAACUUUGAACACCUUUACGACAACUUUCACCGGGUUUUUACGAAACAAAUGCAGUAAAAUCUUACCCGAACGAGUUACAGUUGCGAUGAUCGAAUGCGUCGUCCAUUUGUUACAAUUCCAUCCGGCAGAAACCAUGGUUCAGAACGUUGUAAAUAUUUUGGAAAUGGUUAACGGUAAAAAUGGAAAGAAAAAUUCCUUGCAAAUUAUCAAGCUUUUGUUUGAUAACGAACUGAUAACGAGAUCUCUGAUUAAUUCCAUCGUAUAUACCAAACGAUCUAGAGCUGGAUUGACGAACGAUGGCAAAUUAUUGAGACCUAGACCAAAUUCUUCAGCUGCUGUCGCUUCGUCUAGAAAUAACAUAUUUAACGUUUUAAUGAACGUUAUAAAUAAUAUAUUGAGAAAUAAUCUGAAUUCGAGUAACUUCGUACGAGUUUUCAAUAUUGCCAAACAAAUGUUACGAUGCCACGAGUAUUACCUGAUGUUUCCAAACUAUUAUUCAACUUUGAUAGAAUUUGUGGAACUUUUAUCGUUAAAGUACAAUCGGAAUUGCAUUUCAGAUAAAAUGGCUAUUGAAAACGACGAAUUGAUCCAAAGCAUUGAUGAAUUAUUAUUCGCCAUUGGAUCAACUCCUAUCGGAUAUCUUUUUUUAUGUAACACCAAAAAUGCUCUUUUGGAGAUUUCCAUGUCAAAAUUAGAAAGUGUAAAUUUUCCCUGGUAUCACUUUCCGUGGAAAAAUACAAUUCCUUUCAUGAUUUCUUCAGAAUACAACCUCGAUUUCAACGUCUAUUGUGACAAAACGCAUACAGAAUUGCUAAAAUUAAUAGAAGAAUUCAACGAAUGUAGUUAUUUGAGCGAUCAGCAUGAUCUCGAUGAUAUUGUAGAAAAAAUAUUCAUUUGCAUCGAUUCUCUCAUUUACAACGUAAAUGCCAUCAACUCGUUGAUCACCAAGGGCUGCGAGUGCAAAGAGAAUUUAGAGAGCAAUGAAAUAUGCUGUUUCAAUGAUUUUAUUAAAAAGUACGCCUUAAAUGCCAACUACGAAUAUGAACUACAGCAUUUGGCACUACAAUGUUUGCAACGAAUAACAAAAUUCAUGAGUUCGCGAGUACUACUUCUUCAUUUAUUCAAUUACGAGCAAUAUCUGUCGAGCAAUCAAACCAAUUAUACGAACAGUAAUGGCGAGAUUAUUACAGACCAGUGUAGCAUUCUAAGGACUGAACUAUUGAAUGGACAUUUUAGUCCUUGCGACGACUUACAAAAUAAAGAUAAAAUUUCUGCAAAUCGUAAAGAUAUGCGGAAAUCAUCGAGCGCCAAGAUGACUCAAAAUCGGAAAAAAGUAUCGGAAAUUCAAAAAUUUCUUCAAGAAACCAAGCACGGUUUAUACGAUAACAAUUGGCUUCGACAAGCUAGAAAAGCUUUCAAAGCUUCAUUAUCCUGUAAUUUGAAGAUGUCUUUAAUGAUCGAAUUAAUAGAAAAGUCGGCGAAGUCCAUUGCGAAACUUUCCAAAGUUCGAAAAUUAGUAGUAACAGAGAGUACAACAAAUUCUAAAUUACGAGGCGAAGACUACAAAGGAAUAGAACUCGCAAUUAGAUUUGGAACGAAAAAUCACGUACUGCAACAAAAUUCAGCGAAUGGAGAAAAUUUAGCUCAAGUAUUCAAAGUAAUCAGGAAUUACUGCGGACGAGAGGAUUCAGAACAAUGGGUAGGGUUCGACUGUACUUUGGCUACGCUAUUUAUCAUGUGUUGCGGAUCUAUAGAUAAGUGUUUACAGAUAGCUUCAUACAUAAUUCCUUUACCAGUGACUGUAUUCAUUUGGCCUCGAGUAACGCCAAAUUUUAUUCAAAAACGAUACACAUUUGGACACCUUCUAGAAUGGCUGUUGUAUCAAGAAGUGCCAAAUGUUUUUUCUGCAUUAUCGAUAUACGGUAUUUCGUGGUGGUUAAUUUGUAAAUGCCACUUGGAAGACUGUUUUUGGAAUUCAAUGGACUGGGCAAAUAUUUGCCAGUGGCUGUGCAUUACCAUAUUAUACCCGCCGGAUAAUCUAAUGUACUAUUUCACAAGCGUUGCUUAUAAAAAUGAAUCAAAAAUACUUCAAACUACCAAUGAAUGUGAUUUAAGAGAUGUGCUUAAUGUAAUAUUCAACACGUAUCAGUUUGAAGAUCAUCUAUUGUACAUCGAUUACCUCGCAAAAAAAUACCACUUCUUCAUAUCGUCGCAUUUCUUCGACUAAAAUUAAACAUGAAGUAUGUAUGGUAUUAAUUUCCAUAGGAAGAAAUUAUUUUUCAAUGAAUUGGAAUAAGGAUGCUACAUAUAAAUGCAUAAAGAUUUGCUGAUUACUUACUUCAUUUUUCAUGUAUCAAGAGUUCUCAAUGUUGAACGACAAUAAAAGAGUUUAAUUCGUAUGUAAAAUGGUGUGUUCAUGUUUAUUUUUAAAUUUAAAAAUUCAAACUUCAAAAUUUUUUCUACUCCAUGAAAAAGAAAAAAAAAAAUUUGAAAAUCACAGUACACCACCAGCGCUCUUAGCGCUUCUAACGAUGAAAAUAUCAGCUACAUACAACCUAUACUUUUUACCUACCCAAUGAACCUAACCUACUUAUUUUUACCUACCAAAACGAAAUUUUAUCAUCUGGGAAUUUUUUCUGUGGUUGGCAAAAUUGAUAGGGAAAAUAAUCACGCUGGCACAUUAUGAUCGGCAUUCUUUCUUUUUGGGCAUAAAUGUCUAAUUUUCGUUGAUUUAAUUUAUAAUUUGAGGUGAAACCUUCAAAAAAAUAUCGCA